CCCCGGAGCCCGGCCCGGCCCCGCCCGCUCGGGCCCCCGCCGGCCGAGGCCGCGGGGCGGGGGCGGGGACGACCAACUUGGGGCGCGACGCAGCCCCGCUCUCGGGAGAGCGCCGAGCCCGGCAGCGCCACGGCCGCGGCCAGACGGCGGGAGCGGAGGCGGCGAGCGGCGCCCGCGCCGCAGCCCCGGCCUCGGCGGGAGCGCGAAUAUUUUUCAAACGACUCAAACUUUCCUCCUUUCCCCGCUUUCUGGGGUCUCUCUUGGUUGGAAUUGCUCUCCUGAUUCCCGCGGGGCGCCGGGGCGCGAUUCCUCCCCGGGGUUCCUCGGUGGCUCAGCUAACUUCGCGAACCCGGGGACCCGUGGCUCUCGCCCCUCGGCCGAGCCCAGCCCGCGCGGCGCCCCCGCUCAGGAGGGCCGGGGCUCCUUUGCCUCCGGGAGCGCGCCCAGCCAGGCCGCCCCUGGCUCGGGCCGUUGAGCCCCCAACACCCGCCGCAGGACUGGAGACAGCGGAUUAACCCGAGCGGAGCCCCGGCCUCCCUGCCCCCGCUCCGCGGAGGGGCGUCCCCUGGGCGGGGAAACGGCAAGUUUGUCAGUCGUCGGUGGCCUGUUGGAUCGAAGCGCCGCCGCCGCCGCCGCAGAGGGGUCCCUGGCGCCCAGCACCCCGGGCGGACAGCCCUGGGGACUUGGGGCGGUUCGGCCGCCGGGCUCCUCGGGCCGGGGCGCUGGCUGCUGCGCCGGGCGCUCCGAGGCACCCGGGGCCGGGCCAGCGCCCCCUGCGUCCCCACGCGGGCAGCGGCCCCGCCGGAGGAGAAACCCGGGUCGCCGCCGCCGCCGCCGCCUCCUUAGUCUCCUGGUUUCCGUCGCCGCCGCCGCCCCCUCCGUCGUCUCUCGGGGAAGGGGAAAACGCAGGGGGCAUCGCGGGGCCCUGGCGGAUGCGCCCCUCGCCGCCUCUCGGGCUGCGCCGCCUCGCGGGGAUGAAGCACCGACCGUGAAGAUGGAGGUGACCUGCCUUCUACUUCUGGCGCUGAUCCCCUUCCACUGCCGGGGACAAGGAGUCUACGCUCCAGCCCAAGCUCAGAUCGUACACGCCGGCCAGGCAUGUGUGGUGAAAGAGGACAACAUCAGCGAACGUGUCUAUACCAUCCGGGAGGGGGACACCCUCGUGCUGCAGUGCCUUGUCACCGGGCACCCUCGGCCCCAGGUGCGGUGGACCAAGACUGCGGGCAGCGCGUCUGACAAGUUCCAGGAGACGUCGGUGUUCAACGAGACUCUGCGCAUCGAGCGCAUCGCGCGCACCCAGGGCGGCCGCUACUACUGCAAGGCCGAGAACGGCGUGGGCGUGCCCGCAAUCAAGUCCAUCCGCGUGGACGUGCAGUACCUGGACGAGCCAGUGUUGACGGUGCACCAGACGGUGAGCGAUGUUCGAGGCAACUUCUACCAGGAGAAGACGGUGUUCCUGCGCUGCACUGUCAACUCCAACCCGCCAGCCCGCUUCAUCUGGAAGCGGGGCUCUGACACCCUGUCCCACAGCCAGGACAAUGGCGUCGACAUCUAUGAGCCUCUCUACACCCAGGGGGAGACCAAGGUCCUGAAACUGAAGAACCUGCGGCCCCAGGACUAUGCCAGCUACACCUGCCAGGUGUCUGUACGCAAUGUGUGCGGCAUCCCGGACAAGGCCAUCACCUUCCGGCUCACCAACACCACGGCACCACCAGCCCUGAAGCUGUCUGUGAACGAAACUCUGGUGGUGAACCCUGGGGAGAAUGUGACGGUGCAGUGUCUGCUGACAGGCGGUGAUCCCCUACCCCAGCUGCAGUGGUCCCAUGGGCCGGGCCCGCUGCCCCUGGGUGCUCUGGCCCAGGGUGGCACCCUCAGCAUCCCUUCAGUGCAGGCCCGGGACUCUGGCUACUACAACUGCACAGCCACCAACAAUGUGGGCAACCCUGCCAAGAAGACCGUCAACCUGCUGGUGCGAUCCAUGAAGAAUGCCACAUUCCAGAUCACCCCAGAUGUGAUCAAAGAGAGUGAGAACAUACAGCUGGGCCAGGACCUGAAGCUGUCGUGCCAUGUGGAUGCAGUGCCCCAGGAGAAGGUGACCUACCAGUGGUUCAAGAACGGCAAGCCGGCUCGCAUGUCCAAGAGGCUGCUGGUGACCCGAAAUGACCCUGAGUUGCCUGCCGUCACGAGCAGCCUAGAGCUCAUCGACCUGCAUUUCAGCGACUACGGCACCUACCUGUGCGUGGCAUCCUUCCCAGGGGCACCAGUGCCUGACUUGAGUGUCGAGGUCAACAUCUCCUCUGAGACAGUGCCACCUACCAUCAGUGUGCCCAAGGGCAGGGCCGUGGUGACUGUGCGCGAGGGCUCCCCGGCCGAGCUGCAGUGCGAGGUGCGGGGCAAGCCGCGGCCGCCCGUGCUCUGGUCUCGCGUGGACAAGGAGGCUGCGCUGCUGCCCUCGGGGCUGCCCCUGGAGGAGACCCCGGACGGCAAGCUGCGGCUGGAACGGGUGAGCCGCGACAUGAGUGGGACCUACCGCUGCCAGACGGCUCGCUAUAAUGGCUUCAACGUGCGCCCCCGCGAGGCCCAGGUGCAGCUGAACGUGCAGUUCCCGCCGGAGGUGGAGCCCAGCUCCCAGGAUGUGCGCCAGGCGCUGGGCCGGCCCGUGCUCCUGCGCUGCUCGCUGCUCCGAGGCAGUCCCCAGCGCAUCGCCUCGGCCCUGUGGCGCUUCAAAGGGCAGCUGCUGCCUCCGCCGCCCGCCGUCCCCGUCGCCGCUGAGGCCCCCGACCACUCCGAGCUGCGCCUCGACGCCGUCACCCGCGACAGUAGUGGCAGCUACGAGUGCAGCGUCUCCAACGACGUGGGCUCGGCGGCCUGCCUGUUCCAGGUCUCGGCCAAAGCCUACAGCCCGGAGUUUUACUUCGACACCCCCAACCCCACCCGCAGCCACAAGCUGUCCAAGAACUACUCCUACGUGCUGCAGUGGACCCAGAGGGAGCCUGACGCCGUCGACCCUGUACUCAACUACAGACUCAGUGUCCGCCAGUUGAAUCAGCACAACACUAUGGUGAAGGCCAUCCCGGUGCGGCGCGUGGAGAAGGGACAGCUGCUGGAGUACAUCCUGACUGACCUCCGCGUGCCCCACAGCUAUGAGGUCCGCCUUACGCCCUACACCACCUUCGGGGCUGGUGACAUGGCCUCCCGCAUCAUCCACUACACGGAGCCCAUCAACUCUCCCAACCUAUCAGACAACACCUGUCACUUUGAGGAUGAGAAAAUCUGUGGCUACACCCAGGACCUGACAGACAACUUUGACUGGACACGGCAGAACGCCCUCACCCAGAACCCCAAACGCUCUCCCAACACCGGUCCCCCCACUGACAUCAGCGGCACUCCAGAGGGCUACUACAUGUUCAUUGAGACGUCCAGGCCCCGGGAGCUGGGGGACCGUGCGCGGUUGGUGAGUCCCCUGUACAACGCCAGCGCCAAGUUCUACUGCGUCUCCUUCUUCUACCACAUGUACGGGAAGCACAUCGGCUCCCUCAACCUCCUGGUGCGGUCCCGGAAUAAAGAGGCCCUGGACACGCAUGCCUGGUCCCUCAGUGGCAAUAAGGGCAAUGUGUGGCAGCAGGCCCAUGUGCCCAUCAACCCCAGCGGGCCCUUCCAGAUUAUUUUUGAGGGGGUUCGAGGUUCAGGCUACCUGGGGGAUAUCGCCAUAGACGAUGUCACACUGAAGAAGGGGGAGUGUCCCCGGAAGCAGAUGGAUCCCAAUAAAGUGGUGGUGAUGCCGGGCAGUGGAGCCCCUCGCCGGCCCUGCCCGCAGCUCUGGGGGCCGAUGGCCAUCUUUCUCUUGGCGUUGCAGAGAUGAUGAGAGCUGUGUGGCCCCCCCCACCCCGCCCCCGGCACACCAAAGUGUCCACAUCGUACCAAAGACUGACCCCGCCAGUCGGGGUGCCCAGGGGCAGGGCUGGCCCGCCAGGAAGGGGGCCUGCGUUGGCUGCGAGGAUGAGCAGAAAACAAGGACAGAGGCCCGGCACUAAGGCCCUGGAGACAGUCGUUCGACAUACGCACACGCUCACACACCUACACUCACACACACAGAGAUAUAUUAAAGCACAAGUUUCUAUCCGACCUGCCAGCACCUUCUUUACUGCGGAGACAGGGGACUCGUCUGAAUGGCGUCUGCCACCCCAAGGACCUCGGCGCCACAUAGGCCUUGUCCUGGCUGUACCUGUGGUGUGUUUCUGCCCUUCCCGGUCCCUAACUCAAGGCUCAGCUCCAGCCAGUGGCUUUACCAGAGGGAGCCAGAAGGGGAGCAGACGUGGGAGCCCCACCCUUGGCCGGAUUCUGGGACUCCCUGGAAUAGGGGAGGCCAGGGUCAGAGGGCGCCAGGUGGGACUUUGUGAGCUCUGUGAGUGUCCCUGUGCAGGGGACGAUGAGGAAGGUGAGGCACCUGCUGCAUGCAGCUCUGCUCCUAGGGUGAGGGCUGGAAGGUGAGCCCUCAGGUCACCCAGAUCCCCUGACCUGUCCCUAGGAUGUCAUAUUCCCCCCUCACUGUGCCCCUUCCAAGGGACCCAGCACAAGGUCUUGGGCCUGGGCAGUCUGAAGACUGAUACCUUCCCCCGACCCCAUCCCACCCCAACCCUACCCUGCAGGCAGCUGGAUUCCUGAGAGCACAGUCCCUGUCCUGGUUGGCUGGCCUCGCCUCAGCCCCCAGCUGCAUCUCCGAGAAGCCAGGGGAGUAGUGGCCAGGCCAUUUUCUGGGGUGAGGCUUGACUUGAGAGGGGCAGAGGAGAAGGCCUGCUUUCUUGAUUUCACUCCCCCCUCAUAUGGGGCACUGAAUUUGGGAGUAGAGUGGAGCCUCCGUUUCUUAUAUACUUGGCAUAAAGGGACGCCCUAGAUAGGAGGGUGUGUGUAGGGGGGUGCCCUGCCCCCUCCACUGAAAAGCAUUCUUUAGUUGGCUGUUCUCUUCCCACCCUGGGUUAAUGAAGGAGGAGGGGUAUGUAGAGCUGGGGGUAGAGGGUGGGGCACUUGCUGGCCCCAUGUUCCCUGGGAGCUGAGCCACAUGCCCUGAGCUGUGAAAGGGCUCCCUGUCCUUGGGUCCUGGGCUGGGAGCCUGAGACGGGCAUGAUGGGGUCCAGACCUCUCCUCUUUAACAUCACCUCUGAGCCCCCCACCCAGCUCUCCAUGGGAGAGAGGAGGCCCAGCCCCUUCCAGGAUGAGUCUUCACGUAUGUGUGCAUGUGGCCAUGUUUCUAUGUGUGUGCAUACACGUGUGUGCAUGAGUGUGGGCCCCUUUGUGUCUAUGUAGCACUAUGGGUACAUCUCUCGGCAGGAGUGUGUGUAAAUAUGAGUCUGCGUGUGCAAUGAUACAUAUUCAUCUAUGAGGCUGGGUCUACACCCCAUCUCUGUGAGUACCUGUGUAUGUCAGCAUGCAUGUCCAUCUUCAUCAGUGACAUGAAUGUUUGUGGGGUGCUGGCCAAAUAUACCACUUCCAGCCCUAUCCUGUGGUCUCAGGCUGCCUGCCGCCACGUGGAUUUCCACUUUUCAUUCCCUAUGGAUAACAGAGAGCUUACGGAUGACCCUGCUGAAAUGCAAGCACCUGUGCUGGGGGUGUCACAGGACUCCUCCUGGAGCAUUCGAUGGGACAGCUGCGGAGAAGAGGCAGCAUUGUGAUACCAGGAGGCAGGCAGGGAACCAAAGCAAACGCUGCCCAUCUCAGCGCUCUGCCAGGCCUGGGAGAUCAUCAUCACCAACAGCUGGCGGGUGGCUGGGCCAGGGCUGGAGCCAGGCCUCCUGACACUGGACCAGCCCGGCUGCCUUCCUGGCCCAGCCAAGGCCUCUGUCCGAAAUGAGUGGCUCUAGCUUUCCAGAAUACGCUUCCAUUGUGUCUGCAGGGUAUUGUUCCUUAAUUGUCCCAUCUGUGCAGGGUCUCUUGCCCCAACUAGACUGUGAGCUCCUCCUCUGAACCUUCCAACCCUCUCCCCAUCCCCUCCCACCCUCAUGCCCAGCACAAGUGGGCCUAUUAUGGAAAUCACUCAGCGGCUUUGCCCAGUGGAAUGGAUUAUAUAAACCAGUGGUUCCCAGUCCUGGCUGCAGAGUAGAACCACAGAGGGUCCCUUAGAAAGCACCAGUGCUUGGGUACCACCCCAGAGCUCCUGAUUUAACUGGACUAGAGUGCAGCCUGGCACCAGAAAUGUUUAAAAGUGCCUCAGGAGAACCCAAGAGGGGGAACCACUGGCCUGCUGCCUGCCGAUGCUUCCUCUGUGCCCUCGCUGGAGUGGGCGCUGGAGAUCCAGAGAUGAAUAGCCUGGAGUGCUUCCUCCUUGGGGCUUCGUGGCUCCCUAUGCCUACUUCCCUCGGAUGACCUUUGAAUAAAUCUGUCCCCUGCCCUGGCGGCUCCAUGAUGGGGACCCUGUCUCUCCUGUUCACCUCCAUAUCCAUAGAGCCAGAGGCAGAAAAGGUGCUCAGUGUGUGUCCGCUGAGCUGAACUGCACACACGUGGCCCCUGAGUUCCUGGUCUGUUUGGGGAGAGGGGACAUGGUCACAGGGACAAAGAGUGCAAGGUGGGGGAGUGACAGGGAGCACUGCUGGGGAGAGGUCACAGUGGGCCAGGGGCAGCCCUGGUUUGAGGGUGGCUUGACCUACGUUAACAUGGUGUGCCUGAGUGCGACGCCGAGGUCCUUGGUCCUCAUGUGCGGAUGGGUGAGGUUGGUGUGUGUGCCUGUGUGUGCUGGCAGGUCUGCAGGGGGUGUGGGUGUCAGUGCGUGCUAACACUAACAGUGUGUGAUGUGAGCGCUUAGGGGUGUUCCAGUCUGUGUGUGUGUGUGUGUGUGCGUAUCAGGGAGUCUGCAAGGAAUGAGUAUGUCUCUGGGUGACUUGUGUGUCAGUGUUUGUGUGUCUGUGUGUGCCUGUGAGUCAACACCUCUGUAUCAGUGUCGCCUGUGCUGUGUGUGUCUUUCUGUGCCAGUGGGUGUCAGCGUCUGUGCGUUGGUAGGUGGCCCUUGAAGACCCCCAGCCCAGGGGAGACCAGGCUGGCUGGAUCCAGUGCAUCUCCCCAGUGGCAGUCUCGCCCUCUGGGUCAGGGUGGCUGAGGCAUUUUGUGGCCUUAAAAUGGGGAGUCUAACCCUCAGGGUGUUGGGGUUCCUUCAUCCCUGUCCCCUCCAGGCUGGCAUCUGGGGGAGAAAGGGACUCCUAGGGCCAGGUGCCAUACAGUUAGGAGAGGGGCAGUCUCAGCUUGACUGUCCUGCCCCUGGGACCACAGACAGCCACCUGGGGAGCUGAGCUAAGUCUGCAGACCAAGCCCCUCCUCCCGGGAUGCUCCUCCCUCCUUUGCCCUCUCUGGGAGAGCCCUGACACCUUGUUCCCAUGCAGUCUCCUUUCUCCCUGUGCUCCGCGAAAGUCCUGGCUCUGGUUGUCCGUGCUGGGAAGGGCCUCAGAGGUCUGAACCUCUCCAGUGUAAAUGAGGAAGGUGAAGCCCAGAGGAGGAAAGGGACUGGUUGAAGUCGCACAGCCACUUGGGGUGGAGCCAGCCUUGGAAGCCAGGUACUACAGCCGUGGCUGUACUACAGCCCUGUAGUACUUCUGGUCACUGCCCCUGGGGUCUCCUGCCAGGCAGCGACAAGGAGCUUGGUCAGACUGCCCUGUCUCCGGGUGCUGGUACAGAUGUUACUGGGGGCCCUGCACUGGGAGAUGUACCAUCUCCCUGCCUCCAAUUCUGGCCUCUCAUUCCAGGCCACCACCCCUCCCACCCCAGGUCAGGCCUGGAUGACACGUGGAGGCUGCCUCCCUCUGCCCACACUGGCUGUCACUGCUGUCCAGGCUCCAGAUAGAAGGGACUCUAUUUCCCCUCCCCUCCCCUGUCUUCUCACAAGCCUGGGCUGGGAAUGAAGCUCAAUGUGUCUAUGUCCUCAUCCUGUCGACUUCCUAGGACCAGGAGGGCUGGAGGGGGGUGUGCAAAUCCUUGUGUUUUCCUCUCCCUGGACAGCUCCAGGGACGUAGAGGGCAUUUCCAGGUCUGUCCUCAGGAAUGGGGUGGGUGAACCUCCUCUGGAGGGUCCCUGUAGGGCCACUGUUUGAGGUUCUGGGUUCAGGGGAGCCCUCCUUGCUUCCGAAGGCAGGGUAGCACACCCCUCCCUAUUGAGUCAGUGUUCUGUGUUUGUGAGGUUGUGUGUGUGAGGGUGUGUGUGUGUGCUGGGGCAGAAGAACCACUCUUUCCUGGGGCCUCCUUGACCCUUAGAACUGGAAGGGACCUUAGAGACCAUCUAAUCCAGUGCCCCCACUGCACAGGUGAGAAAGCAGAGGUCCAGAGAGAUGGCACUUGCUCACUGCCACCUGCUCUCCCUCAUGUCGCCUGCAUUCAUUUCCUGGGGGCCCUACUGGGAAUGCCCUCCCUCCUGGCACCUCUCUCCCUCCUCCCAGCCGCCCACAUAAUCACCAUCUCAGCCCAGCUCUGCUGCCUCUCUGUCCCAGUGGUCUCCAAGCAUCCUUCCUGCCCCAGGGUGGCCAGCUCACCAAGGCCUUUAUCCCCAACCCAGGAGAAGAGGCAGGGGAAGGAGGGGACUGCUCCAGCCCGAGGCCUCAAAGACUUGGGAGAAAAGCCAAGCCCCCAUGCCCAGGCUCCCCCCCCCAACAAGGUAAAAGCACAACAGGAGACCCUCAUUAACGGGUGAAAGGUAUUGGGGUUGUUUUAGUCACAUGACCCCAUCCUCACCCCUUUGCCUUGCUCUCUGUCUCCACCCCAGCCUCUGUCCCCUUUUUGUCCCUCUUUGACCCCCUAAACCCUCAAAUGUAACCUCUAGUCGCGGACGCGGUUGUUUCAAUCAAUAAAGCUGAAG